AUGCACAGAUAUUGUAUCUACAUAUAUAUACAGAAUGAAUGUAGAUAUAUAAAGGCGGCAAUAAACAAGUCUCGAACAAGCAUAUGCUAAUUAUGUGAACGUGAACCUCCGCAAACCCUAGGUGAUUGGAAAUAAUUAUACUGUGAAUAAACAUACCGGGUAACUCAUUGAGCAGGGAAUGUUUGAAUGGGUCUAUGGAACCGCAUUUAUAUGGAGGAGGUAUUUUUAAAGUGUGGCAAAUUAUCUCAUAGAACUGGUCGUUAUAAACAAAGUUUGAACGAAACAGGAAAUAUCAGUGAUUAUUAAAACCUCAUAAAGAUCAUUAGAUGUUCUGUUAUGAUUUAUCGGUUCCCCACUAAAUUCACAAAGGAAGCUUAGUGAAAAAUUAGUAACUAGUUUUGUUAUGGAGGUAAAACUGAGAGGGAAAUAUAUAUUAUAAUUUUAAGAGCUCUUUAAAAUUAUGUUUUAUCCUUUACAUCAUUAAACUGAGGCUCCCAAAAAUCCCCCACUAGUCUUAUCAGUAGCAAGUACCAAUAACCAUAAUAACUUAAGGCGACUGUUUGAGAAACUUCUGGCGUCAAGACCAUAUCAUCUUGGGCCUUCAUCCAGACACCGUAAACAAGUUAACGAUGUCUUUACGAUCCCGUCAUCUGAUAAUCCCGUUAGAUAAGAUCCGAAAACCAGAGCCGGCGACAUGUGAUCGCCCCAUAAAUAUCAUCCAAGCGAAUCAAAGUUAAAGCCUCUCGUUUUGGUGACAUUUCACUAAAGUGCGAUGUCGUAUGGUUUUGAGGGGGGCCUGCGAUAUCUCGAAUUGUAAUUUUCCCGCAAAUUACGGAAACCGGUUAAACUCAAGUCGCUGUCAGGCCCCAAAUGCUAAUGACAAAUGACGUUAAUAAAUGGGGCGGCGCACUACUACUCUCAACUGAACCACCCAACUUGGGGGUAAUGGCAACAAAUCACGGAAAUUCCCAAAAUUCGAUUUCUUAAGUAGAAAGCCGCCGGUUCAAGGCGAAUGGAGUUCGUUUAUCUAUAAUUCCGGUAGGCACAUGUAUAAAUCGACCAUAUCCAGCUGCUUGGUUUGCACAGGUGCCUCCGCACCACCGCACCACUCACACCACUCACACCACGCGCCCCACUGGAAUUGCUGACGUUGACUCUAGCACGUUUUGCCAUUAGUAGCUAAUUAGAAUUUAAUUGCUUAUAUUUUGUUGUGGUUGCUUGUUUUUCCACUUCCACCUUGCUUGUUUUGUUUGGCAUUUCCAUGGCUUUCUGCUGGUGUUUGCAUGCGUUUUUUUACUGCCACCUUAUCAGUAUUAACUCGACACUCUAUAAAUAACCGAACCCACCCGCACAAUAUAUCCAAUGUUAACUGGAAAUAAUUCCCCCAGAAACCCGCACCCAACAUUAGCUGUAUUUUUAGAAACCAUAUAUCAAACGGUUUAAUCUAGUUUUCAGUGCGUGCAAAAGUGGAGCAGGGUUUCUUGUAAAUUACUUGGUAACAUUUUCAGAUAAAUCUUGAGAUGCCUUAUCAGCAUGGAAAAUAUUUGCGUUGGACUAGCAGAAAGAUUCCAUUAAUGGCACAGGUGUUUUCACAUUACCAUCUUGUCUAGAUGAGUCUGAGUUUUAUCAGAACUUAGCACAAAGAUUCCAUUUAACUAAUUUUCCUCGGGAGUGGAAUUCCUACACGACUAUUUUUUUGGAGAACUUCUCCAAAAAAAGAUAAAGUAAUUAAAAGAUUCUAUUCAUUCAACUUUCCUAUCUCCACUUUUGGCUAGACACCGGGGCGUAUGAGUUAUCUCAUAAUCUGUUGCGCAACUUUUCCCCUGGACUGACAAUAAAAAAGCGUUUACGGCAAUGACCAGCUGUCUCCCAUCGACGAGACUCGUCACAUUCCCAACCUAGGUCAACAAUUUCGAACCACCGAAAUUUCAUCACAUUCGUGGUGAAAUUGAUAGCGAAACGAGUCUGCAAUCAGUAAUCAUCGCCAGCUCGUGCUGCGUACACGGCCAGUCCUAUCUCUUCAGUUUGGAGAACGUUCUCAACGAGUCCUCGCGCCAGCUGCCCUACAACCUAACCUCCGCCAACGGAACCACCGAGGUGGACUUGUUUCCCGACACCAUCUCGAACAACACCCGGAUAAUUGUCUACAAAAACACUGUCGUCGAGUCGCCCAACGAACUAUCCCAGACAGCGAUGGAUGUGAUCACGAUUGUGUGGUAUGUGGCUACUUUUUUGGCCCUGGCGGCCUUCUUCAUGCUGAUGGCCUGUUCGGAUCGCCGGUGCCGUGAUAUGAGGCGUCGUCCCGCCGGAGGACAAUCCACCGAGGGUCUGAGGGCACCACCCACGCCCUCGCCCUCCUACAGUGAGUUCGCACCUCCCAGCUACGAUACGGUGAUCAAGAUGCAGCACGCGGCCAAAACGAGCGUGUUUGUAAUACCGUUCAGCAACAAGGCCGGCGAACUGGGUGCUCCAACCUCACCGCCUCCGCCCCUGACACCCUCUGCCAUUCCACCGGUAGUCACCUGCGACAUGAUCAUCGUUAAUGAACUGCAAAAGUCCGCCGACUAACCGAUAAGCAGCCCGUGGAUCCCUGGAUUCAGCCUUCUUACACCCCCGACUCUGUGAUAUUUGCUGUUUAUGGCAAUUGGCCAAGUAUUAGUUGUCGUAAGAUCCCCACAAAAAAGACUGACAAUGAAAGAUAUCUGUAUGUGCAUAUGCAUUCAAAUGCCAGUUCAACUGAAACUAUAUGAAUAAGCAAUUAACUGUAAUAAAUCAAAACAUU